AUGUCGGACUUUACAGAGGCAAAUCGGAAAUAUUUCGAUCAGCUAGCAACCACAUACGAAGAUAAGUUUGCCGAUUCGAUGAAAAUGCUUUCCGAGCAGACUUUACAGUAUAGACUCUGGAUCAGUGAUCAGUGGACCGACACUGUCAACCAAGAUCAAGAGAUCAGAAUGCUCGAGUACGCAUGUGGCCCGGGAAAUAUCUCAAUGACCUUGGCACCCUUUCUAACCCAGGUCAUCGGCAUUGACGUCUCUGAGAAUAUGGUAGAGAAAUUUAACCACAAUGCUGGCCUUCUUGGACUCAAAGAAAAGGUAUUUGGUCAUAAAGCUGACCUCCUUGCUGAGAAUUCUCCGGUUGAAUUUGAUGCGCCGCCAUACACCGACGUGGAUGUGCUGACGGUUAGCAUGGCGUUGCAUCAUUUUGAGGACCCGGGUCUUGCUUUGCAGCGGUUGGGUGGCCGGUUGAAGAAAGGUGGCGUGUGCUUUAUCAUCGAUUUGGUCUCACACUCUGGGCAUGAUCAUAAGCAUGGGUUUGGUGACGCGGCUCACACAGUCAAGUCCCAUGGGUUUUCUCAAGAGAGCAUGCAGGAGUCAUUCCAGGGGGCUGGAUUUGAACACAUUGAAUACAAGGUCCUCGCUCAGCCGCUGGUAUUUGUGAGAGAUGGAAUCAAUGUCUCUAAGACGGUUUUCAUUGCUCGUGCCCAGCGGGUUUGA